AUGGGCGAGACCUGCAUCUGGACUGCACUCGUCGUGAGUUUCCAGCUGAACAACUCCGGAAAAAACGUUUUGCGCUUUCAGUUCCCAGAGACCCUGCCGGCACCGCUGUCAGACUGUCUGCAGAUCACUCCAUCUGUGGGGCAUAUACUGCCUGGCAUGAAGAAGUCGAUCAGCUUUACGUACCGGCCAACCGAGAGCAUGCAGGCAGACGUGCCUUUGCCAGUCCAGGUCGCUGGCAUCACUCCAGAUGGCGAUGUCCAGGACCAGGGCGACUGGGAUGACACCCGCAUGGAGGAAGUGGAGGGAGAGGAGCCUGCCCCGGUCUCCGAGCCUGCGCAUGCUGUGGUGGAAGGCACAGCUCGCGAAAUGCCACUGAGGAUCCUGGCGGCGGCGGACCAGAUGGCCUACGAGUGCGGGACCGAGCGGAUCCACUUCAGCCCGACCGUCCUCUUCCAGACCCGGCUGCAUCGCUUCACGGUAGCAAACCCUUCGAAGAUUGCGCUUCCGUACAACUGGCGAAUCCUUCCAGCGACUGGUGCUGACGCCUCGGCUGGGUCGCAAGCCUAUGCCAUCACACCCGUACGAGGUACGAUCGCAGCGGGCAGCACGCAGGAGUUCCAGAUUCGGUUUGCGCCGAAGGAGGUCCACGACUUCGCCGGGAUUCUGGACAGUCGCAUGCCAAUCGAGGAUCCGCUGCGCAUCCGCUUGCAAGCUUCCGCUCUGCGGCCCUGGUGCCACUUCGAGGUCCCCAUCAGCGACUACAGAUCACGUCGUCAAGCCGAGACGCCUCUGGAUCCGAAGUACCAGGUCAUUGAGUUCGAGUCCCUGGGCACGCGGGUACGGAACACCAAGCGGUUUUAUGUCCUGAACCCCACCUCCGACACCUACGAGUUCCAUUGGAUGCCCGAAGAGUCUGACAAAAGGGAGACUGAGGACCCCUUCCGCUGCCUCACGAAGCGGGGCACCAUCCUCCCCGGUAAGAAGUACGAGAUGCUGUUCGAGUACCUGCCAGCAGACACCGAGAUCCACGAGUCGCGGUGGCUCUUCUCAGUGCCUGGCAAGCAGGCCUCCCAGGCCUUCGUGCUGGUGGGAACGGUGAAGGAACCUCGGAUGGGAUUGGAUCGCCCUUGCAUCAAGUUCAACCGUCUUCUGCUCGGUGGCAAAGCGAUAGAAAAAGUUUGCAUCGUCAACAAGGAGCAUUUGCCAUUCAGCUUUGCCUUCGACCAUAAGAGCUACGAAGCGGAUGGGCCAGCGGCUAUCUCCCUGUCCCCGGACUCCGGCGUUGUUGGCCCCGGUGCGUCCUUCCCGAUCGAAGUGAAGUUCUCCCCGAACGAGGAGCGCUUCUUCAAUUACAACGUGGUGUGCAACAUCAAGCGCAAGGAGAAGCCCCUCCUCCUGAACAUCAAAGGAGAAGGCUACAAAAUCCACACGAAGCUGGUUCUGGAGGAAGCAGAUCGAGAAGGCAGAGUUCUGCACCCUGGGGUCAAGGAACUUCUGGACUUCGGCGAUAUGCAGGUGCAGGAGAGGCAAAGCUUCACUUUGAAGCUCAGCAGCCCGACCUUCGAGCGAGAUCACGCGGCAGCGGCCGAAGCAGCAGAUGAGCAAGUUGCCGUGAGCUACGACUUCAUUUGGCAACUGCGUAGUGCGACGGGACGGCUGAUGACCCCACAGGCGGAGGGGCCCCCCUACCUGACGAUUACUCCAGUGCACGGGGUCAUCACCAUCGAGUACUCGCCUACCGAUGCACACAAGUUGGAUGGGGCCUCCCUGCGAAUGCUGAUCCCCUCAGGUCCUGACGAUGCCAGCUACACGCUGGGCUUGGCCGGCCGUGCCUACAGGCCGAUGCUGGACUUCUCCACGCAGAACCACGACUUCGGGCCCUGCUUCGUCAAGCGAACCGCAGCUAGCGCCGGCGAGCCCUCCCAAGGGAAAACGCCUCUGGAGCGGUUGGACCUCACCGUCACCAAUCGAGGCAUGACGGACUGUUGGCUCUCCACGACCUUCCAGCGAACGAGCUAUCUGGACGUGCAGCUGCCGGCCUCCAUGGUGGAAGCUGGGUCGUCCCUUGUGGUGCCAAUCAUCUUUACCCCGAAGGACUAUGUCGAUUAUCGAGAGUGUAUUGAGUUCGUCGUGAACGACUGCACCAAGUACUACGUAAACCUUCGAGGUCAGGGUUGCCCGCUCCAGCUGGAAGCUGCUUCCUUGGCGAUGCAAAAUGUGGACUUCGGUGUGGCUGUUGGCAAUACCGGUGUCAGCCGCAGCUUGCGGGUGGUAAAUCGCUCGGUGCGGCCCGUGGAGUUCUCUUUUCAAGAUGCGGAUGGCAAACUGGCCGAGAAGUGCGUCUCCUGGUCCCCGACAAUGCCCGUGAAGCUGAGGCCGAAAGAGCAGACGUCCUUCGAGCUACGCUACAAGCCGUCUUUCCCAAUGCCGGUCUUCAAGCUGCCCCUGGUAGCCAGCUGCAACUUCGGCAUCGACAUGCAGAUUUGUCACGUCACUGGUAGCUGCCAUGCUGCUGAAGUGCGCUUGUCUGAGCAUUCCCUCCUCUUUGGCGACGUCGUCUUCGGCGCUACAAGUACCAAGCGUGUUCAUCUCCACAACUUCGGAGACUUGGGUGUGAAGUUCCGCUUCGACAUGCCCCCGAAGUUGCUGAACACCUUCUCGGUGGAGCCGUCAGAGGGCUAUGCUGCUCCCCGAGACGAUGUUCUCCUCCAGGUGAAGUUCCAUCCGCAGAGGUCUGGUGGAUCGGAUUCCCAUCCGAAGCGGCUGCGCUGCCUCCUGGAUCCGCCAUAUCAACAGGAGCCAAUCGAGCUCAUCGUUCAGGGAAAUGGCAUGGAACAGCCCGAAGACUCCGCGCUGCAACUGCAGUUCUCGGCCGAAGUGCGUGAGAGGAAAACUCAAGAGGUCACUUUCCCGCCCAGUGGGAAGAACACGAGUUCAGAGCCAUGGAAGGUCCGGCCAGUGAUCAACACAGAGAUUCCUGCGGGUGAGACGUUCUUCUCCUGUCCUGGAGAGAUCACGGUGCCGGCCGGAGGGCAGGCGACCAUCCCCAUCACCUACAGGCCCCUCACCAUGACGCGAACGGCCACAGAGGCAGAUGAAGAUACGUCGCCAGCCAAGGGCAAGAAGAAGGAUCCCGUCCCACCGAAGCACGUUGGCCGGCUCUUUGCUUCGACGCCGGACGGAAGUGCCUUCGUGUGGACGCUGGAAGGUGUCUCAAAUCCUCCCGGCCAAGACAAGAAGCUGACCGCCGAAGUGCAGUGCAAGACUCCACACGUCCAGAGCAUUCCGCUCACCAACUGGCUUCAGCAAAACCAGCGCUUCCAUGUGGAGAUUAACCUGGUGCAACCACCAGAAGCGACAGAGGAGAUCAAGCUGAAUGGCAUCGGUACUUUCGAUGUACCGGCAGGACAAGCAAAGGACUACAAGUUCAAUGUUUAUGCUUACAGAGAAGGUGCCGCCGUUGUGCGGAUUGUUUUCACCAACCCGAAGACCGAAACUUCGCGGCAGACAGUCGCAGCCAUGCUUCGGCGUGAACUUGUGAAGACCUGUCUCGCCUCUCCCUUUGCCAAGACAUGCGCAGUAGCUGACAAGGACGAAUUUGUUGGUUAUGAGAUCAGCUUCAAGUUUGUGGCGCCGAAAUCCAUCGACACUCUUCGCUUCAACACUGUUUGCCGUCAAGUGGCCACGCGAUCAAUCUCGGCCGGGGCCUUCAAGACAACACCAGCAGAAAGCUGUCAAUUGAUGCCCUGCAAGGUCAUGAACCCACUGUCUUCCGUGGCGAAGUUCAAGUGCCAGGCCACACACCAGGAUUUCCGAUUCUCGCAGAACGAGUUCUCCGCAUCUCGGCUGCGAAAGCGGCGGAUUCCAAGCAUAAGCCUUGGAGGACCAGCGAGAAGGCUUGUUCUGUUUUGCCGAACGGAGGUGGCGCCCAAUUCAGAGGCCACCGUGGACGUUCUCUUCCGGCCAGUGAUCGUGGGAUCCGGCGAGGCCAAGCUUUCGCUGAGUUCUCCUGAGCUUGGUGACUUCCCGUACACGGUGGAGUAUGCUGCCAAAGCAGCAGGUCUGGACAAGACGAUCGUGUUUAAGGCGCCCUUGGGAUCCAUGGACUCGAUACAGCCCUUCCGGUUCCUGCACUAUGCGCAGAAGGCCACAACUUUCACUGCAACCAUCGAGGCCGCACCAGGCCAGAAGUCGGUGAGUUCGGACUUCGCGCCAGAGAUCAAGGAAGUCAAAGUGGAUGCCGCGGGAGCAGAGGGCCUGGAGGCCUCGAUCAACGCCGCUGCCAGAGCAUUUUACCGCUUGGCAGACGAACGGCCGAAGGGAGCUUCACUGCUGGUCACCGAGGUCCGAUUCACACCUUCCGAGCUUGGCGAGAUUCGAGGGCUUCUGGUUCUCACUUCUCCAGACGGUGGUGAGUACAAGGCUUUGCUGAUGGGCUACGCGCAGCCCCCGCAGCCACAGGGACCUGUCGAUGUCCCCAAGGCAGGGCGUACUCUGGGCAUCUGUCCCUCUCGUCUUUUCGACGCCUACGCGAUUGAUUCUCGCGAGGGCAAGCCGACCAACGUGGAGUUUCAGAAUCCCUUCGCUGAGCCGGUGGAGUUUUCGCUCCAGGUGGACAACCCGAGCUUCCAGCUAACACAGCGCGCCGUAAAGCUGGACUCCAAAAAGACGGUCCCCAUUCCCGUGUCUUUCACGGGCGAUAAAGCGCAGGGUGGACGCCUCCUGGUCAGCGCUGGCCGGGUGAUCUUCCUCCAGGGCGUGCCGUAG